CUCGGCUGGAGCUGGAGGGCAGGGUUUGCAAAUGGCGCCGUGUCCGCGUUGCGGUUGAGAGGAGAGUCGCGGUGCACAGCAGCAAUGGCGGAUAAGACGUGGGGGACGGACUUCGCCGCCACCGUGUACGGGGCCAUCGCGGGCAAGUCCAAAGUGGCGCCCAGCGUGGAUUUCGACCACAGCUGCUCGGACAGCGUCGAGUACCUGACCCUGAACUUCGGGCCUUUCGAGACGGUGCACCGCUGGAGGCGGCUCCCGCCCUGCGACGAGUUCGUGGGAGCCAGACGAAGCAAACAUACUGUUGUGGCCUACAAAGAUGCCAUCUACGUAUUUGGAGGAGACAACGGGAAGAACAUGUUGAAUGACCUGUUACGAUUCGACGUGAAGGACUGCUCCUGGUGCAGGGCUUUCACUACAGGGACUCCACCUGCUCCGAGGUAUCAUCACUCAGCUGUUGUGUAUGGAAGCAGCAUGUUUGUGUUCGGUGGCUACACUGGAGACAUUUACUCCAACUCCAACCUGAAGAAUAAGAACGAUCUUUUCGAGUACAAGUUUGCCACAGGACAGUGGACAGAGUGGAAGGUAGAGGGAAGAUUGCCAGUAGCAAGAUCAGCUCAUGGAGCCACGGUAUAUAGUGACAAACUCUGGAUCUUUGCAGGCUAUGAUGGUAAUGCAAGGCUGAACGACAUAUGGACAAUUGGCCUCCAGGAUAGAGAGAUGGCGUGCUGGGACGAAAUUGAGCAAAGUGGAGAGAUCCCUCCUUCAUGUUGCAACUUUCCUGUGGCUGUCUGUAAGGAUAAGAUGUUUGUUUUCUCAGGACAGAGUGGAGCAAAGAUCACCAAUAAUCUCUUUCAGUUUGAAUUCAAGGAAAAAGUCUGGGCAAGAAUUCCUACUGAACACUUACUGCGAGGCUCCCCUCCCCCGCCUCAAAGGAGGUACGGCCACACGAUGGUGGCGUUUGACCGGCAUCUCUACGUGUUCGGUGGGGCUGCAGAUAACACGCUGCCCAACGAGCUGCACUGCUACGAUGUGGAGUCACAGACGUGGGAGGUCAUCCAGCCCAGCCCAGACAGUGAGUUGCCCAGUGGACGACUUUUCCACGCAGCAGCUGUUAUUCAUGAUGCGAUGUAUAUCUUUGGUGGAACUGUGGACAACAACGUGAGGAGUGGAGAAAUGUAUCGGUUUCAGUUUUCUUGUUAUCCGAAAUGCACUUUACAUGAAGAUUAUGGAAGAUUGUGGGAGAACAGACAGUUCUGUGAUGUGGAAUUCAUCCUAGGAGAGAAAGAAGAGCGAGUUAAAGGUCACAUAGCGAUUGUCACAGCUCGAAGCAAGUGGUUAAGAAAAAAGAUUACUCAAGCCAGAGAUCGAAUGAAACAGAAAGUUAAGCAGGAGGCAGGAGCUGAGGAAGAAACCCCGGGCUCCAACCCCAAACCAACCCGCUCCUUGCUGCAGUUGGAGGUGGUGAUCCGUGAGGCAGAAGCCCAACCGUUUGAGAUCCUGAUGCAGUUCCUCUACACAGACAAAAUAAAAUACCCACGGAAAGGACAUGUGCAGGAUGUUUUGCUGAUAAUGGAUGUCUACAAGCUUGCCCUGAGCUUUCACCUGACCCGACUGGAACAGCUUUGUUUGCAGUAUAUCGAAGCAUCUGUCGACCUUCAGAAUGUACUUACUGUGUGUGAGAACGCAAAUAAAUUGCAACUGGACCAACUGAAGGAAUACUGCCUGAAUUUUGUGGUGAAAGAAUCGCACUUUAACCAGGUGAUAAUGACCAAAGAAUUUGAGCUCCUCUCUACCUGCCUGAUUGUGGAGAUUGUAAGGAGAAAACAUCAGCCUCCGAAUCGCAUCAAUUCUGAUCAGCCUGUUGACAUAGGCACCUCUCUUGUCCAGGACAUGAGGAGCUAUCUGGAAGGAGCGGGCUUGGAGUUCUGUGAUAUAACCUUAUUAUUGGAUGGUCACCCAAGGCCAGCCCACCAAUCUAUCCUAGCUGCUCGCUCCAGUUACUUUGAAGCCAUGUUCCGCUCCUUCAUGCCUGAAGAUGGACAGGUCAACAUCUCCAUUGGUGAAAUGGUCCCCAGUCGACGGGCGUUUGAGUCACUCCUUCGCUACGUUUACUACGGUGAAGUCAACAUGCCACCAGAGGAUUCACUAUACUUAUUCUCGGCACCUUAUUAUUACGGUUUCACAAACAACAGACUACAAGCGUACUGUAAGCAGAACCUGGAGAUGAAUGUGACGGUGGAGAAUGUUUUACAGAUUCUGGAAGCAGCUGAUAAGACCCAGGCCCUGGACAUGAAGAAACACUGCCUGUAUAUUAUUGUACAUCAUUUCACUAAGGUGUCCAAGUUGCCAAACCUACGCUCUCUCAGUCAGGCAUUGCUUCUUGAUAUCAUCGAGUCGUUAGCCAACCAUAUUUCAGACAAGCAGUGUGCCGAACUGGGCCCAGAUAUGUGACAAUUAAUGUUCGACACUGAUUCUCAACUCGAAGUAGCAACUUUACUUUCCUUUAGCACAGAAGGCUAGUGUUUAUUUCUAAAAUAAAUAGUUUUCAGUCAGGGAGUGCUAGGUCAUAAGCUAUAUGCUAUUUUGAAAUCAGUGUUGUUUGAUUCAGGCCCCAGUUAAAUCUCUCCUUUUGUUUCUAUGAGAUGCAUUAAGAGUCAUUGAUUGAAUGGAGGGCAUCAAUUUAUGAUAACUACCAAAGGAGGGAAGGGAGAUAUUAAGAGGACUUUUUUGAUCAGAGUUGUUAGGACGUGGAAGGCCCUGUUGGGGGGGAUGGUCCAGGCAGGAUCCAUGUAGGCUUCAAGAGGGAGCUACAUAGAUAUCUAAGAAGGAGAGUAAUUUGCAGGAGUAUGGAGAAAAGACCUGGAAAUAGGACUAAAUGGAUUAGCUUUAUCAGAGAGCUGGCACAGAUAUGAUAGGCCGAUUGGCCUUCUGUGUUGUGCGGUUAUAUGGUCCUAAACAGAAGUACCAGUAUAAAUACAAAUAUAACUCGUUUGCUGGCUCAAACAUUUAAAAGUGAAGCCUAUUUUAAUUUUUUUUAAAGUUGUGAAUGUGGCGGUCACAGACUUCACCGCACGCAUAAGAACGAUCUUUAUAAUAAGACUUUUUUUUAAGUACACAGUUGUGUUAUGCUCUUUGUAUUGUUCUUUUAAAUAUAACAUUAACUGAGAAGACUAGUGUUCCGAGUGCAUGUACAGCACAGGUAUGUGUUGUGUAACAUUGUUCGGUUGUUCAAUAUGUUCAGUAGUUGGUGUCUUUCACCAUGGCUACUUUUUGAUAUCUAGAGAGUGUCAGCUGCUAUAUGUCAGCUUUAAUUCUACACGAUAAGAUCAUCAAUUAAAGGGAGAUGUCUUAGAUGUUGGUUGAUAAUCUACAUAAAUGAAUAUUGAUGUGCCAUAAAAUGGUUGGUUGCGUUCCCACAAGACAAUGCAAUUAACAGGCAUUUCCACAGUUAUCAAAAUGCAGAAACUGAAUGAACCAUGGCACAGAUUAUGCUGACUGUUGUAACCGUAUUCCAUGUGGGAAUUGCGUAAGACGUUUUUAUGGCACACAGGUAUAGUCUGAUGAGUGAUGUGCUUAAUGAAAUCUAACAAAGUAGCAGCACACAAUUCCAACAGACUCUAUAUUCUAAAUGGGGGUUAGAAUUUUUCUCUUAGCCUUCCCGGGCUGCUACAGGAAGUGGUGAUGGUUUGAUUUGGAUCUGAGCACCGAUUCGAAAAAUUCUCACACUUCUCCAUUGCGCUGUUCACUGCUCAGCCCCUCUUCCUUCCUUUCUCCAUCUUUCAUGCAGGAAAGGAAAUCUUAUUUGAAAAUUGCAUCAAAUAUUGAUUUAAAUUGUUUUGACGUACCUGUAUUUUUAUACUGAACUUUGGGCUUAUGCCACAAAUCGCAUUGCAAAGCAAAAGUUGAGCACCUGAAGUUCAAAAAGGGGUUGUUAAACAAAGCGAUUUUUUAAAAAAGAAAGUCAGACCAAAUUAAAUAUAACAGUAAAAAGGCAAUCCUUACAAUCAACCUUCAUUUUCACCUUGUCACUGCCAAGUUAAUAUUAGGUAUACAUAUUAAGGAGCAUGAAUUGUGGUUUAUAUCUCUCCCUUAAGAGCACUGCUUGUUGCUUGUGAAUUAUGAUCAUCAUAAUCAUGUGUUGUAUGCUAAAGUGUUAGAGAAGUCAUUAAAAAGUUAAAUGUAGUCAUUAAAUCUUAAAUUGUAAAGUAGUUUGACUGCUCCAAACACUCUAUAUUCCAAGAUACUUUAAAUAGCAGUUAGAAUUAGCAAAAUAUUUUAAGACUGUUGCCAACUCAUGGUAUAUAGAUUAUUGAUGUUAAUUCUAAGUCUAGUUACUUGCCUGACCCAGUAUGGCUAAAGAGAAAGUUUCCUUUGCAUUGCAAGUAUCUUGCCCCUCCAACCACUUCUAUACUUGCUGUAUAUACUUGACCCAUUUCUGCAUUUGUGGGAGGAAGUACUUUUUACUAAGAUAAAUGAAUCCUAAUAUCUUAUAUUGUUGGAGACGAUUUAUUGUUUCCAGUAGAAAGAUUUAGGAUUGAGAAUCCUGAUUUAUACUUCCUACUUUGAAAUCAUAUUUGCCUUGAUAUUUACAUUGGUAAUGGCCAGUUUUUUAGUAACCGUAAAAGGAUCGCUUAAACAUUGUUGUGUAGCACCUAAAAAGAACAAUUUUUGUCUUGAGGCCAAACCAAUUCAAACCACUCCACUUUGUGAUCAUACCUCACAUCCUUAAAAUCCAAUUUAUACGCUCUCUGUGUUGAUCCAUAUCGUAUCAAUACAUAGCACAGGGAUCAAUACAUAACACAUUGGGUAAACAAUGCAUUAGCUUUAAUCCGCUGGAUUGUAUAUAUAAAGUAAUUAACUGUUUAACCUGUAUAAUAUUAAUUGAAAUUGUAUAAAGAUUAGUAAUAUUAUUGUUUUUUAUGGUUAAUAUUGCCUUAUCCUCUUGUUGUGCCUGUUUGUAACACAAUAAAGUAUGCAUGUGAAUCUGCA